AUGGCGAAUGUGGACGAGGGUGGGCGCAGGAGACCUCGACUGGCAGCGUCGCUACAGAUCAGCCCCGGGCCUUGGAGGCCCUCAGGAGGGCAGGAGUCCACGGAGGUUGAGGAUGGGGCUCCUGGAACCGAUGAGUCUGGCGUGGCUGGGGAGGAGGAAGUCCACGGGGAGGCCUGCAAGGCCCUGGAGGGUUCAGUCCUGAGCCCGGGGCCCGCGGGCGACUUCCCCAUGGCCCUCCGGGGACUCAGCCUGCUGCCCAAGGACCCAUCCCCGGCCCAAGCUAUGGCCUUGCUCACCCAGUACAUGGCUAACCUGGGUGUCUCCCUCACCUUCUUGGAGGACCAGACUGCAGAUCCUGGAUCCUCCUUCUCUGUGUGUGCAGAACUGGAUGGGUUGGUCUGUCCGGCGGGAACGGGGAGCAGCAAGCUGGAGGCCAAACAGCAGGCAGCACUCUCUGCCCUUCAGUAUAUCCAGAAGCAGUUGGAGAGACCAGAGCUCCUGGUGACUCCCCGCCAGCCCCUGCUCACCUCCCUCAGCAUAGAGACAAUCCUGACCCAUGAGCAGCGCUGUGCAGCUGUGGUCAGCGCCGGCUUGGACCGACUCCUGAGUGAGAAUUCACCUUACCGGGCCUGUAAGGGGACAGUGGCCGCAGUCAUCCUGGAGAGGGAGGUCCAAGGCAGCAUUGGUCACUCCAAAGAGACCUAUGAGCUGGUGGCCCUAGGCACAGGCAGCAGCAGCUGUGCUGGCUGGCUGGAGUUCUCAGGCCGACGGCUCCAUGACUGCCAUGGUCUGGUCAUUGCCCGCAGGGCCCUGCUGAGGUUCUUCUUCCGGCAGCUCCUCCUGGUCACACAGGGGGGUCCCAAGGGUAAGGAACGGUCUGUGCUGACCCCCCAGCCUGGGUCUGGGCCCCCCUUCGCACUCAAGCCUGGGGUCUUCCUGCACCUGUAUGUGAGCAACACUCCCAAGGGGGCAGCUCAUGACAUCUACCUCCCACUGGCCUCGGAAGACAGUGUCCUGCACAGCCCAGCCUUCCGCCUGCAGGCCCAUGUCUGUGGGCAGCUGAAGCCUGUAUCCUAUGUGGCGCCUGCCCUCCGAGAUACCCACGUGGGCUGCCUCUCAGCCAGUGACAAACUGGCCCGUUGGACUGUCCUUGGGCUGGGUGGUGGGCUGCUGGCCCACUUUCUGCCACCACUCUAUGCCACCAGUCUUGUCCUAGCUGACCCCUGCCAUGACCCCCCAACUCUGAACAGGGCCAUUCAUUCCCGGCCCAGACUAGACAGUGUCUUGGGAUCCUGUCUUCCGUGUCCGUAUGUCCGAACCACUUUGCACCUGUUUGCUGGGCCUCUGGUAGCCCCGUCUGACCCCGUGCCCAGUACCUGCCAUGGCCUGAGCCUCAACUGGAGCCUGGGGGAUCCUGACAUCGAAGUUGUUGAUGUGGCCACGGACGUGAAGACUGACUCCAGUGUUGGGCCCCCAUCCCGUCUCUGUAAAGCGGCCUUCCUCGCAGCAUUCCGCCAGGUUGCCAGAGCUCUGGAGAAGCCCCAGCUCCUGUCUCUGCAGACCUAUGAGGCUGCCAAGGCCACCCCCUACAGGGAAGCUCGGCAGCAGCUCUCUCUCCUCCUGGACCAACAGGGCCUGGGGGCCUGGCCCUCAAAGCCAUUGGUGGGUAAAUUCAGACACUGAUCCAGGCUUCGAGGGACAAGGAACCUAGUGGAGUUGAACCCCGACAGUGGGAGAACAUACUGGGAGCAGAGCGU